CAAAAUUUUGGACCUCAGUUUAAACAUGGGCUCCAACAAAAGUACUCUCCAACACAUCCCCAACGCAGAAGAGCUGAUGGAGGAGACCGGCUUCUCGGCUGCUCAUAUCCAGCGCCUGUACGACAGGUUUCAACUUCUGGACCGAGACCAAAUGGGAGGACUCAGAAACGAGGAUUUUGAAGCGAUUCCAGAGCUGGUGACGAAUCCGAUCAAAGACAGAAUCAUUGGAGCCUUCCUCUCUCCAGGUAAAGACAUGGUGGACUUUCCCUCUUUUGUCCGUGUUUUGGCUCAUUUUCAACCGACCAACUCCAAACGAAGCAAGACCUCCUCCCAGGAACAGUACAAUAGCCCCACCAGGAAGCUACAAUUUGUUUUUCAGUUGUAUGAUCAGGAUCGAGACGGGAAGAUCAGCAAAACAGAAAUGCUUCAGGUGCUACAGGAGAUGCUGAGGAUGGAGGAGACUGAUGAGCAGUUGCAGAGUGUCAUGGAGAAGGCCUUUCAAGAGGCCGACCUGGAUCAGGACGACGCCAUUUCUUUCGACGAGUUUAAGAAGUCUCUGGAGAAAUUGGACAUCAGUGAGAAGAUGAGUAUUGGGUUCUUGUGCUGAAGACACAGUGAUAUUAUAAGAGUUGUUUGCAC